AUGUCUGACACAGUGUCAUCUUCACACUUGUCACCAAUAUCAAUCGUUAAUCGUGGAACUACAACAGUACCAGCUACUGAAAAUAUUUUGGUCAAUUUGGCUGUUAGCCAGAGCGUGUAUUCUCAUCCUUCAGUUGAACUUGGUGCAGAAUUUCCACCGAAUUUGCAAAUGGCUCACAGUUUCGGAAAUGCUGCAAUUGAUAUUGAAUUGCUGGAAAAAGAAAUCUCAGCGAAGGAACAGGAAAGACGUAACCAUCAAUAUAAUGAUUUGAGUGGAGAAAUCGUUGGAGUAACUUCCUCAAAAACACGACGUUCCGGUAUUGAACCUGGUUUAAAUAAUGAUUUUGAUACUUUGGAUGAACCGGUGUGGGAUACUGUUAGACGGGAUUUGCAUACUGUUUUUGCAAAAUUUGGGCAAGUUAUGGUGCCGAAAAGUAGUCAACAGUUACUGCGCGAUUGGGACCUUUGGGGACCACUCUUUCUAUGUGUGUUCAUCUCGUUAAUGUUACAAGGAGGCAAAAGUGGCAAAGGUCCUCAUUUCACCGAAGUUUUUAUGUUGACAUUCUUUGGUUCGUGCGUUGUCACUCUGAAUACAAAACUGAUUGGUGGUAACAUAUCAUUUUUUCAAUCGUUAUGUGUGCUUGGUUAUUGUUUGCUGCCUCCUGGUUUGGCAGCUGUAGUAUGCAAAUUUAUUGAAAUAAACUCCGAGCAGACAGCAUUUCUCUUCGCUUUGCGUCUUCUAGUCACCACGGCUGGCUUCAUAUGGGCAAUAUAUGCAUCUAUGUUGUUCAUAUCCGGUUCACAACCACCGAGACGAAAAAUGCUGGCACUUUAUCCUAUUUUCUUAUUCUAUUUUGUUGUCAGUUGGAUGAUUAUUUCGCAUUCAAGUUUCUGA